AUGAGUUUCCAAUGGACUUUUCUCGCAACAUUUCUUUACUGCGAACUUGUUGUGGUCAUCCUUUUACUUCUACCGUUUAUACCGCCAACUUGGUGGCAACGAUUUUUUAAGUCAAGACUAGCGCGAGCAUUUCAAGCUGGAGCGAAGUAUUACUUCAAUUUCAUCAUAUGUAUUUUUGCUUUAUUAUUUGCGGAUUCGAUUCGUGAAUUGCGCAAAUACGCUGGUGUGGAAGUCAAAGAUUUGAGCACACCACAAGCUGAGGCACAUGCACAUAUGAAACAAUUUCGUUCGCAAAGAAAUUUCUACAUUGCCGGUUUUGCUCUUUUCCUUUGGUUUGUCAUCAAACGUUUAGUCAAUCUUUUAUCUGAUGUUGCACGUGAAAUGGCUGACUCAGCUGCUGCACGUAAACAAGCAGAAGGUGCUCACCGUCAUUUAGAAGGUCUUACAUCAAAUGAUCCAACUAAACGUGACUCCAAAGAUCUUCCUGUGCCAUCUGCUCCUGCAGGACGUUACAUUGAUCCCAAAGAACAUGAUGCGGAAAUUAAACAACUUAACCAAGAGUUACUCAAAGCACGUGAGGAUAUGGAAACAUUACGAGGACAGUAUGACAAAUCAAUUCAACAAUAUGAUGAAUUAAACGAUGAAAAUCGCAAACUACAAAACAAAUUGUCCGUUUUCUCGGAAACUGAGAAUGAUAAAGACAAAUGA